GCUUAAAUUCGAGUAAAAAAAAAUUACGGUCGAAGAUAAAAUUUAUAGAUGGGCAAACACAACCUGUUAAAAUAUAAGUGAUCAACGCAGCAUCAAACUCUGGAGCAGCAAUGUCAUUCCAACUGUUGUCCAAGAGUGAUCUCAGGCAGGAGACCGUCCAUGACUUUGUGGCCUACACAACGGAUGGCGAUUGUAUUUCGCUGCUCGGGUCGAAGACGGAGCUGCUUACCCUGGAAUUGAACAGCAAGUCGAACCCGCAGCUGCCCUUUCCCUACGUUGUGGCCAGCUGGAAGUGUGCGAACAAGAAGCGACCACUGGACCAGCUGUCGCUGCAGGUGAAUCUUCAGAAUAUCUACGAGAGCAGCAAUGUGCUGGAGAUGCAACAGCUCAGCCUGGAGCCGGCUUACACGGCCGUUUGCUCGCAGGAUGUGCCGCUGCCCAAUUGGCUGGCCGCCAAAUUGUCAACCCAGCCGCUGCCCAAUGGCCAAAUGCUGUUGGCCACAUUAAACAGCUAUGGAGCGCUGCAUUUGCUGUGCAAAAGUUCAGAGCAGCCGCUUUGGCGGCAGCACGAGAAGGGUCUCAACGUGACCGCAACUCUGCGGGAUACACUGCAGCCGCCAUACGAAGUGCCCGCCGUCAAGAUCAGCACGUUCCGGCAAUAUCAGGCAUUUGUGGAUCGCAGCUGGAUAACCAUGUUUGCGUGGCGUCCAGUGGACAGCGGCAGCUAUAUGCUCGUCCUGGGCACAGCUGCCGGCAGCAUAUGGACGCUGACCCUGUGCGCCAAUGCAGCCACUGUCCUGGACCAUUGCGAGCUGCAGACGCUCCUGGGUCGCAUUUGUUUUAUGCAAAUCUACGAGGAUCUGCUGCUUGUGGGCGACAACAACGGCCUGGUGCAUCUGUACAGAUUUGGCACAGCGACAGAGGAGACGGAGGAGGGUCUUAGUCUGGUGAAAACGCUAUGGCUGCGCCCGGAUCACAUGGGCCUGCAGGAGGCACUUAUUACAUACUGUCCGAAUCGCGACUGCUACUAUAUAGCCUGCUGCAAGGCGGCGCAUCUUCUGAUCUGGUGCAUGCCCAAGCAUGAGGAGGGCGACUGGCUGGAGACGCGUCUGCAUGCAGGUGGCAUGAAGAUCACGGGUCUGUGCGCUCUGGAGAACUGCAACUAUGCGCUGGUCACGGCACGUGGGCAACUAUAUCACAUCGAGCUCAGCCACAAGCACGGUCAGCUGUGCGCCAGUAUGCGGUGGAUUCGUGUGGACGAUGCCGAGAACUACCAGCCAGUUGGCCUGUGCUGCAGUCCCAGCCAGAAUCUGCUGACCAUUCUGUACACGCGCAGCAAGGAGUUUCUGCUCAACAAGACGGUGACCCGCCAUAUGCUGCACGUGCGCGUGGGCAGAAUCCAUAAUAGCCAGGCGCUGGUGCAGCUCGAACGUCGCAUCAAUCCCGGUCAACCCAUCAACAGCUGUCGAGAUCUGUUGGUGGACAUACGUCUGGAAAUCUUUCAAGGUGUCCAGCUGGAGGAGUUUGUUAACUAUGCGCCAUUCGAUAUGAUUGCCUUCGACGAUCUGGCCACCGAGGCCCAGCAGCAUCAGCUGCAGCUCAAGUACCACAUCUUGGAUGCGCUCAUUCAGAUGCAGCGACAUCAACGCAACCAAACACUGCUCGAGCAAUUCGAGCAGGAACUGCAGCUGCUGUUGGCUAUGCUGGCCCUUACGCAUAUGCGACUGCGUCUCCAGUUCCUGACCAGCCUGCAGACGGAGCUGACGGCAUUCCAGCGCCAGUCGGCACAAUGUCAGCUGGCGGAGAGUGCGCGCAUCAGGCAGCAGUUGGAACAGCGGCAGCUGCAACGGGAGCAGGCGCCCCAAGCAGCAAUAAAACGUUUUCUGGCCCAGAUGGAGGUGCACUUCGAGCAGCUUCAGCUGAAACUGAAUGUGCCGGAAACAGCACAAAUGUAUGAUGCGUCCGAUCAACAGCUUUGCACCGUCUCCUAUGUACAGGUGCUGCCCACGCUGGAGCGGCACUAUUGCACACUGUGCGGACGGCUGGCUCUGCUGGAACGGCAGCUGCUCCUGGAGCUCUAUGCGCCGGGCGGUGUACUGCUGUGUCCCUGCUGUCAUGGAUCCUACACCUUGGAGCUGUUGGAUGCAUAAACAUGAAGCGAGCCAUUCCAAAUUCCGAUGCCGAAUCAAUUCCGCAGUUUUUUGGGCAGCUUUAUUUUUUUUUUGAGUACGAAACUUUGCGGAGUUGAUAAGGUUUCGGAAUUUAGAAGAUGCCCGUUAAAUUUUUAUUUGAACGUACCUUUUAAGUGUGCAUGUGUGUGUGUGUACGUGUGUGCGUGCGUGCUCCCCUUAGUAUGUGUGUGUGUGUGUGUGCGUGCCAGUACAUAGGUUAAUACAGUGAAACAUAAAUAAUAGGACUGGUCUCUAGCAGCAAUAUAUCCUGCUCGAGCUGGCGCAGAUCACUCUCCAGUUUGCCCUUGCGCUGACGCUUAUUCUCGCUGUCGAUCAGCAGGGACAUGGACUGAUAGCUCUUGGUCAUCUCAUUCAAAUGGGCGCGCAGGCCCACAAGUAUAUCGUUGCGUUCCGCUUGAUCCAUUACGCGCAUGCCGGGCAUUUCGGGUGGUGCGCCGUCGGCACGCGUCGGCUUGGUGAGAGCUUCCAUUGAUUCGGACAGCUUCAUGCCGCCGCAGAGUUCCAUGAGACGCGCCUGCUCCUUGCAGCAAACGCCAUGCAUUUCCUUGAGCAUCUUCUUGGUCUUCUCUAUGUAGACGGGCACCUUGCCAAAGUCCUUGCGGCACACAAACUGCGGCACCAUGCCCGAGUUGAGUAAAUUCUGGCGUGUGCCCACGGGCGUGUCCACGUAGCGCGGCGGCGGUGGACAGCGCACAGUGCUCCGUGCACACCUGAUAUUGCGCAGCACAAAAUUGGGCACCAUAUCGGCCUUCUUUUCCUUUUUGCCCAUCUCAGGCAGCGGCGGCAUAUGCGCACUCUUGGGACACACGUGCAGAUUCUCGCGACGCCACUUGACGCCCUGAUUCUUGCGCAGAUAAGCGCAGGGCGGAUCGAGCGGCACAUUGGCACAGCCCAUGGUGCGAUGAUACGACUUCUUGGCAUCCGUGAGCAGACGCAUGCCAUCCUUAAGCGUAAUCAUCGAAUGCUUCUUGUACUCCAUGCUCAGACGAUCGCGCAGACCCUUGGAAAACUUGGCUGCCUUCUUGGAUGUAGCUGCCCAAAGGAAGACAGAGAGAGAGAGAGAGAGAUUAGAGACGGUCGCCACAUAGUCUUGCGCUUUCUACCCACCAUGAACCUCCAAGCUCGCUUCCUGUGGCUUCUCGGGCUCGCGCUCCAAAUUAAAGAUGUUCUCAUUGUGAUGUGUUAUGUAGACCAGCGACAUGAUAUUUAGCUUUAAAAAGAGAGAACUUCCUCCUUUCGCUUAGCAAAUAUACAUAUAUCUAUCUCGAAAUCUCUAUUGUACUGAAAAUAUUUUUGUAACGCUAGCUUGUAUUUAAAUUUAUAUAUACGUAAGUAACAUCGUUUUGUAUCGUUGCCAAGUUUCAAAAGCAGCUCCAAACCCUGUUGCCACAAUAUACAUGUGCUUGUUGUUGCUCUAGCAACCUAUUAAAUAUAACUCCUGCACAUAUUUUUCAAACUUCAAA